AUGAGGGCUACCCAACUCACUGUUUUGCUGUCCUCCGCCCUCCUCGCCCAUUCCCUGAUGCCCGUCUCCGUCUCGCUCCACAACAGGGGCCGUGGCGGCAAAGCGAUCCCGCCCCCCAUCAGCGCCGACGAGGUUCAACGACCCAUCAUGGACGGCCCAGGCCCAGCACUCCCACCCGACGCAUCCCACGGCGAGCCAAGCGGCCCUCGGGAUCCUCCUGCCGGGGGACCAGGGACGGUGAUCCUGUCAGACGUCAUGGGCAAAGAUCGCAGCAUCAAUAUCUUCGCCGGACUAGUCCGGGAUGUUGACUCCCUGUCGCGCCGGCUCGACGACUCAUCGCAGAAUUCGACGGUUCUGGCACCGCUGAACUCGGCAAUGGACAAGCUGCCGCGCAAGCCUUGGGAAGACGCUGGGGAUUAUGACAAGCUGGGCGCGGACGCGUAUGAGGGAGACGACGGGAGAGAGCGGGCACAAAAGAAUAUCAGGAGGUUUGUUGAGGCGCACGUCGUUCCGAAAAGUCCCUGGAACGAGGGUGACAAGGUCAAGACCCUAGGCGGCGAUGGUGCUGAGAUAUGGUGGGAGGAGAAGGACGGCAAUAAAGUAAUACAGCCUGGGAACAUCGAGGUAUCUAGUGUAGCAAGCUCGGUCCAAAAUGGUCAAGUUACCAUCUUCCCGUCUGAUCGUCUGCUGGAGCUCCAGCUCAAGCCCUUUCUCGAGAUUCUCGACUGCGGCUUUGUCACGCAGGCGCACAACUGGAUGCACAGAGCUCGUCACCCCCUCGUAUUAGUGAUUAACGUGAGCUGUGGCACCGAGUCCCAUUCUCCCCUGAAAGCUUUCGCCGGCACCCAGCCCCACAAUAUGGAAGAGCAGCGUCAUCGCGCUGCUCUUCUUGAGCAACAAGACGAGAGGAUCAUCCGCGAGCGCGAGAGGGAAAGAGAAAGAGAAAGAGAACAAAGGGAUCGUGAAAACGAACGCGCCAGCCGAGAUCCGUACCCGCCCAGUGCGCCUCACCACAGCAAUGCUGGCUCCAUCCCAAUCCACCAGCCUGUCGCAAACCGAUUUCCCGGCACAAUACACAGCCCUGGUGGCCUUUUGGCAAACCAUGGCGCAAACCCAUCAAGUAUACCUCUUGGCGCACCUUCUGGCCCAGGAGGUCCUCCUGGCGCUGCGCAUGGAGAUUCCAACAACAGGCAAAUGCCCCAUGGCGUUCAGAACGGUGCUGCUUCAUCGCAACAUCAGAUGUUCGCCCCCUCAACACAUGGCCCUGUGCCACCGAACGGACCCAUGAGCACAUCCAGUGGUGCAGCGGCAGUGUUCGGGCCUCCACUCCAGCCUGAAGGAGGCAGAGGUGCCGCCCAGCCGUUGCCGUUCGGUGCUGGCAUGGCCCCCGGCCAUGCAAUGGCUCCAGCCCCGGGUAACAUGAACCAAGGGCAGCAGCCCAUACUCAAUGACGCUCUCAGCUAUCUUGACCAGGUCAAAGUCCAGUUCUCUGAGCAGCCUGAUGUGUAUAACAGAUUUCUCGACAUUAUGAAGGACUUCAAGAGCCAGACGAUCGAUACACCAGGCGUCAUCAGCCGUGUUUCUGAAUUGUUCGCCGGGCAUCCUAAUCUGAUCCAAGGCUUCAACACGUUCCUCCCUCCAGGGUAUCGGAUCGAGUGUGGCUUGGAGAAUAACCCAAACAGCAUCCGAGUGACGACACCCUCGGGCUCAACAAUCCAUUCAAUCGGCCCCGGUAGGGCGGUGCAGAUAGAGUCUGGCCCAGCGCCUUCUUCUGCUCCGAGUCAGCGCUUCGCAGAGCAACGCCCGCCGAAUUGGCAAGGUCCAGUUCAACACAGCAUCGAAAGCCCCGAGGCCCAGUUCAGCACGCCCGCUCAGAGCGGUCACGGGGCGAUGGGCCAUGGGUCUGGGCAGAGCGCGCCUUUCGACGCGCAUAGCCCGGUGCAGCAGCGAGGACAGCCACCAGCCCAGACGAGCUCGGCAACUUCUCACCCUCCUAUUCCUCGGAAUGCACUCACCCCAACACCAGCUGCUGUUCAAGCAUUGAAUGGGGCUGCAGCUCAGUCGCAGGCGAACCUGGAGAAGCGGGGUCCAGUCGAAUUCAAUCAUGCAAUCAGUUAUGUUAACAAGAUAAAGAAUCGCUUCCAAGAUAAGCCCGAGAUCUACAAACAGUUCUUAGAGAUCCUGCAGACAUAUCAGCGAGAGCAGAAACCCAUCCAGGACGUCUACGCCCAGGUCACGACACUGUUCAACGCUGCGCCAGAUCUUCUGGAAGACUUCAAGCAAUUCCUCCCAGAGUCCGCUGCGCAAACUCGAGGAGCUGCACAACGUGCUGAGGACUUCAAUGCCAUGACGAACAUGGUAUCGACGCCCCAGCCAGGGCACACAGCUCGAGACGGGCCCAAGGGUCCGCCAGUCGGUAACUUUGCACCCCCGGCCAGCGCAAGCAAGGAGAGCAAGAAGCGCACGCGACCAGAUAAGCAGGCUGGCCCUGCGACAUCGCAAGUCGUCGAUCCACCAACGUCUAAUAUGCGAGGAGCGCCUGCAUCAGGCAGCAACAAGAGACUCAAAACAACUCACCCGAAGCCUGGCGCUGCAGAAGGCGUUGAGCCAAACCUGACACCUUGCAUGCCAGUGCCUCUCGCGCCUACGUCCCCUGCCUCCUCUGCCGACCUUGAGAUAGCUUUCUUCGACAAGGCCAAGAAGUUCAUCAACAACAAGACGGCAUUCUCCGAGUUCCUCAAACUUUGCAACAUGUUCACUCAAGAACUGCUCGACAAGGACGAUCUCAUAGCCAAGGCGUCACAAUUCAUCGGAGGCCACACUGAACUUUUUGGCUGGUUCAAGGAGUUCGUCUCGUUCAGUGGAGAAGACUACGUCAUUGAACAACGUCCUGAACCUGCUACCGGCCGGGUCUCGUUGAGCAAUUGCCGCAGUUACGGACCUAGCUACCGUCUCUUACCGAAGCGGGAGAGACUCAAGCCUUGCAGCGGCCGAGAUGAUCUUUGCAACUCAGUCUUGAACGAUGAGUGGGCGUCUCACCCUACUUGGGCUUCCGAGGACUCUGGUUUUGUCGCCCACAGGAAGAACGCAUUCGAGGAGGGCCUCCAUAGGAUAGAGGAAGAACGCCACGACUACGACUUCUACAUUGAGGCUAACCAGAAGUGCAUUCAACUCUUGGAACCCAUUGCACAGCAGAUGUUGACGCUGACACCCAACGAUCGCGUGAAUUUUAGGAUGCCUACAGGCCUCGGGGGGCAUAGCCAAUCUAUCUACAAACGAGUUUUGAAGAAGGUGUAUGGCCCAGAGCACGGCCCACAGGCUGUGAACGACAUGUUCUCCAACCCUUUCAGCGUCGUGCCGGUGGUUUUGGCCCGUCUGAAGCAAAAAGACGAGGAGUGGAGAUUCUCUCAACGCGAGUGGGAAAGGGUCUGGCAGACGCAGACCGAGACCAUCUAUCUCAGGUCACUCGACCACAUGGGGCUCUCCAUCAGGAACAACGACAAACGUACCUACUCGGCCAAGCAUCUCGUCGAUGUCGUCAAGACGAAACACGAAGAGCAGAAGCGACUACGAUCCGCGAGGCACAAGAUCCCACACUAUCAGUUCCAGUGGAAUUUCGAGGACAAGGAGCUUAUCCUUGAUCUCCUCAGGCUCAUGUUCCUGUACGCCAUGAACAGCGGGCAGCAUGGCGCUACCGAGAAGGAACGUAUCUUGGACUUCUUCGAGACAUUUAUCCCGCAGUUCUUUGACCUUCCAGAGGACAAGGUUCAGGAGAGGCUUGCCAAUAUCGACAGGGACUCGGGCGAUGAAGAUGCCGAGGAGCUUCCCCCGACUGAGCUGACCAAUGGGAGGUCAGGCCGUCGCAACGGUCGCAAGUCUGAUCUUCUUCGCGGCGUUCUUGACCCCGGCCGCAACGGCAGCAAGCCACGCAACCACAAGGAGGGCAGCGCAGCAUCGGGAAGCAAGGAAACGACACCCGAUGUCGCCUCUGGGAACGAGGAAGAGAUGCCUGAUGCCCCCGAAGAUGCCUCUGUGCCCGAAGUUGGUUCCAACGAUAGGUGGCUUGCGACUGCUCCAGUGCCCACGGUCGCAUCCGGUGACAACUCCCUGCUUGACGAGCAGGGUGAUUUGAGGGCCGAUGGCUCUUUCCCUCGCCCGUGGUUCAACUUCUUCUGCAAUCAGACGAUCUAUGUUUUCUUCAGCAUUCUCCAGACGGUAUACCAGCGCCUGAAAGGUGUCAAGGACAACAAAGAAAGCGUUCUCAACGAGAUACGGCGUGAAAGACUGGAGAAGCCAGCCAAGGUCCUUGGUCUUGUUCAGGACGAUCUAAAGUUCUUCAGCAACCUUUCGGAAGAUAAGUUCUGGAGCCGAACGGUCGAGCUGAUUGAGGAUUUCAUUAAUGGCGAUAUCGAUGAGAACCGCUAUCAAGACGUCUUGCGGCACUACUACCUCAGCAAUGGCUGGCAGCUUUACACGAUCCAAGACUUGCUCAAGACUCUUUGUCGUCUUGCCCUUGUUUGCAAUAACACCGACAACAAAGAUAAGACACCAGACUUGAUCAAGCAAUACAUGGUCAGCCGUCAGCAUGAUGAGACAAGCUAUCAAGUCGAAAUCAGCCACCGCAAGUUUGCAGAAAAGUGUAUCAAGGACGGAGAGAUGUUCGUCAUCAGCUGGAUUCCAUCAAAGAGCGAGGCAACCGUUCGCUGGCUUCAAAAGGACGACACGACCUUCCAUAUGGACGAGAUGGAGCUGCGCGAUCGCUGGCAAUACUAUAUCUCCUCUUGGAUGCGCACCGAGCCAACCGAAGGGGUCCCUCGGUCUCGUAUGCAAAAGGUUGUACUCACCCGCAAUCUGCCCUCAGGGGAUGCCGACUCCGACGGCGAUUACCAACCCAAGGCUAUCUCGUACAGCGAAGGUCUGGUCCUUAAGAUCUGUCUCAACACGUCCAAGAUCAGCUACGCCAAGGGCACAUCGAACUACUUCAUCUACAACAUUGACGGUGGGUCUGGGGAGGAACGUGAACAGCGCGAGCAACAAAGGCAAAUGGUCAGGGAAGUUCGCAACCAGAAGUUCACUGAGAAGAUGGCCAUGAAUAGUCCUUGGAUGAAGAACCUCAGCCAGGAGCAAGUUCAGCAUGCCAAGGAGGCCUACGAGAAAUGGAAGACCGAGGGUAUCGCGCCCGCUCAAGAUGACGACGAAGCUAUUCUUGAUGCAUCGCGUCGCCGCGAGUAG